GACUGUUAGGAGCUAGUGUUUGAGAUGUUAGCUAGUGAUUAGAAGCUGAAAUUAGAAAUUACCGAAGCAAAUUUUACAUUUCAAUGUUUUAUUUGCUGUAAUUUAUGUUUGUCUUCAUUAAAAUGCCAGUCAACUCAGAAAGUCAAUUUCAAGGAGUCAUUGAUGAAAUUCCACACAUUGCUGUAGACUAUUUUCUCAAUGUGCAAUCAUCCUUGGCUUUGUUUCUAUCUCAUUGCCAUGCUGAUCAUAUGAAGGGAUUGGAUUCACAUGACUUGUAUCAUACUGUUCGGACCAAACCAGGCCUUUUCAUUUAUUGUAGUGGCACUACAAAAAAAAUUCUCACUGAUUGGCCGAUUUACUCAAAGCUAGCCCCAUAUUUGAAAGUACUAGAGUUAAACCAUACUGUCAAAAUUGAUUUUCCUGGGGGUUAUUGCUCUGAUGAUAAUUCAAGCAAAAUUGGAUUCUGUGUUACUUCAAUUCCAUCUGGCCAUUGUCCUGGUAGUGUAAUGUUUUUAUAUGAAGGUCCAUUUGGUACAGUAUUGUACACUGGUGAUUUCAGGAUAGCUAAAGGAGACAGUAGAAAAUUCCAAGCCUUUAUGUCAAAUCCUUCAAGACCAGAAUAUGGGUUGAAGACUAUUGAUCAUGUAUACUUGGAUUGCACAUUUUGUACUGAUUCAGCAAAGACUUUUCCUUCAAGACAGACAAGUGUAGAUAUUACUAUAGAUUUGGUCAGCAGUUGGAUUGCUAAAAGUCCAGAGCACAAGGUAUUAUUUACUCUAGCUGGAAGAGGUUUUGGGGCAGAAUUUCUAUUCGUUGAAGUUUAUCGAAAACUAAAGCUGCAAGUGCACACUUCAGAUUUUAAGCAUCAAAUUUACAGUAAUUUGUCCGAUAUUAAGAACGCGAUUAGUCGGCAACGGACGACCAGCAUUCAUGCCUGUGAAACCAUGAUAUCAUCAAAGAAACAGUCACCCUGUUUUAAGGAUUCAAACAAGGUGCUCACAAUUCGGUUGUCAACUCAGUGGCAUUUGAUGGACGGGAAAAACAUAGACAAUAGAGUUUUGGUUGGUGAGGAAGGUGGAAUCCAGCGAGUCCUGUUUUCGAUGCAUUCUUCACUGGAAGAGAUUCAAGAUAUGGUACAAACACUUCAACCGCGUAAGGUUACGCCGAUCGCUAAGCCUGAUCUCGUCACAAAAGAAAAGAUUGCUCAACUUUUAAACUGCAAAGUUGCAAUGCCCACCAGUCGAUUCCGUUCCCGAAACCAUGAUGAUUGAUUAGAUUAUAAAAAUUUAAAUUUACUGUGAUCCGCAUACAUUUCAGUGUUACCUGUUUCCAUUCUCUAUUUACGAAAAUUUGCAUCUUUAACAAAGAAUCGAAUUACUUUCUGCUAGGUUUAAAGUUGAUUAUUAACAUUUUUUCCCCGAUUGAUUUUGAUCACAACGUGUUGUUUUCUUUGGUCAUACAAUACUGCAAUAUUAUCU